AGGGAGAGAAACCCAGUUUGUCUCCUAAUGCGAGGAUCUUCGCACGUUAUCAUUGGCAUCCAACCAUACGUAUUCAUUUCCAUACCAAACUCCAAACUCCAAACUCCAAACUCUCAAACUCCAAACUCCAACUCCCAAGUCCGAUCCUCCCUUGCUAACACCUCGCUCUCGGCUCUCCUUAUUCGGUUACUCCAUAUUAUUACUACCCGCUCUUUUAUUUCCUUUUCUUUUCUCUUCGUCACCAAUCUCCUACCUCAUCUAGUCUAUAGCUUUACAAACCCUAUUUCUCAGCACUUCCUCUCGAUUCAUCGAUCAAUUUGUCUCAUCACUUUAAUUUCCUUCAAAAAGAUUCAACCCUUUUCUUUUUUUUUUUUUAGAAAAAAAUUCUGGGUUUUCUUAAAAAGUUAAAGAUAGAAACUUUAUUGAUUGCUUACCAAUUCUUUCCUUAUCAACCAUUAUAUUGAAAUAAAUACUUAAUUGUACUUGUUGAAAUUGAUUUUUCUAUUCUAAAAAAAACCCAUCAUUAUUCAUUAUCAUUAAUAAUAUACUAGCUUCAGCCUUCAAUGUAAGAUAUAUCCCUACCCUCAUUGUGUGAUUGAAUUGAAUAAUAAUAAAGUUAAAAAAGAGGGUAAUAUAUCAAUGAGGUGGUUUCAGCAAAUUUCAAAGGGAAAGCUGGAGAAUGAAAAGAAAAUGAUGAAAACGAAGAAGGGUUUGAAGAGAAAAAUAUCAUUAGGAGAGUAUAAAAGAGCAGUAUCAUGGUCGAAAUAUUUGGUAUCAUCAGGAGCAGAAAUAAAAGGAGAAGGAGAAGAGAAAUGGAGUGCAGAUAUGUCUCAAUUAUUUAUAGGUAACAAAUUUGCAUCAGGAAGACAUAGUAGGAUAUAUAGAGGGAUUUAUAAGCAAAGAGAUGUCGCUAUUAAACUUAUUAGUCAACCAGAAGAAGACCCUGAUUUGGCUUCUAAGAUUGAACAUGAAUUUGCCUCUGAAGUUGCUCUUUUGUUUCGUUUGACUCAUCCCAAUAUCAUCACUUUUUUUGCUGCGUGUAAGAAACCUCCUGUGUUUUGUAUCAUCACGGAGUAUAUGGCGGGGGGAUCACUGAGAAAAUAUCUUCAUCAGCAGGAGCCACAUUCAGUCCCUAUCGAUCUAGUUUUGAGGCUAUCUCUCGACAUUGCUCGUGGAAUGCAAUAUCUUCAUUCGCAGGGAGUACUUCACCGUGAUUUGAAAUCAGAGAAUCUUCUUCUAGGAGAUGAUAUGUGUGUGAAAGUUGCUGAUUUUGGAAUAUCCUGCUUGGAGUCUCAAUGUGGUAGUACAAAAGGAUUCACUGGUACCUACCGCUGGAUGGCUCCUGAGAUGAUUAAAGAACAGCACCAUACUAAGAAAGUUGACGUUUACAGUUUUGGUAUCGUCUUGUGGGAGAUCUUGACUGCAUUGACACCUUUUGAAAAUAUGACUCCCGAACAAGCUGCUUUUGCUGUCUGCCAGAAGAAUGCAAGGCCUCCAUUGCCCGCAGAGUGCCCUAAGGCAUUGAGUCGACUUAUCAAACUAUGUUGGUCAAGCAAUCCAGAUAAACGACCACAUUUCAAAGAGAUUGUCUCCAUCUUGGAAAGUUUUUUGGAGUCCUUCAAUCGUGAUCCUGAAUUCUUUUCAUCAUUUAAGUCAUCUCACGAUCGAAUGCUAUUGGGUUGUUUACCAAAAUGUAUCAGUUUACGGAAACCUAUUCUAUGUAAGUGAUUAGGAGGGUAUAAAACCUUUUGCAAUCGUUUUAUAUAUAUAUAUAUAUAUA